AUGCCUCCACAAUAUAGGAGCAAAAAGAGACGAACCAACCGGACUUCCAAGACUGAGCGGGGGCUUUCGUUACAAUCCGUCCUAGCCAAACCGUCGGCACAACCUCUUGACAAAGCCGCCUCGCACAUUUCUCCACCUCCUCAUCUCCGUGCAUAUUCCGAAUCGCAAGAUAUUGCCCCCUAUCAGUCUCUUCCCCGUGGUGCUGCAGAGACUCUCCUGGCAAGAGACCAACGGAACGGUAUGAUUGGAGAUCCUCCCCUGAUGUCCACCGACCCUCCAGAUGUUCCUCCUACUCGGCGCCACUCUCGUCGUCAGGGUCUGAAGGUCACCUUCGCUGAAGACGUCAUACUCGGAGAUCCUCCUCUUGUCAAUGAUACUCCGAUCACGCCAGCUCGAAAAGUGCUCCCUACGAGAUCUGUUCUCGAGAGUCCUACCUGGGAAGUCAACACUCCUGAGGAGAUUGAGUCAUUCCGCUCUACUCGGAAACGUCAGUUCGGGCAAUACAUGGAGAAUUCCGAGACCGGGACGGCUCUCGAAGAUGACAGUUGGUCCAGAGGUACUUCUCCUUCUCGAGAGUCGCAUGGAAACCUUGGUCAGCAACAUCAUACCGCACCUGGUAGCGCGCAACCAACAUCUACCCCUGCGAAUGUCGACAGACAGCAACAAUCUAGAACGAACAUAAACUCAAUAACCGACUAUUUCUCAUGCAGUCUAUCGUUUCUCUUCCGCGAAGCUCUUAGACGAAGUCUGAACACUAAGCCGAGCGCCGAAUUUGUGGACAGACUCGUCUUCAAAGAUGAACUGGCCGCAAGCACAUACGUAGCUACCGAGACUCGUCGUGGCUGGCUCGUUCACAGCUUGUAUGAUCAAGAUAUACAGGAGCAGAUCACGGCCUGGAACACUUUGGUUGAUUCAGGGGGCCUUAAUGGAUUAGACAAGAACGUUCUUGUAAAACUGCAAUCGGACAUUGGUGAUGCAAUAAAAAUAAUGGUGACGCAGAAGCGUGUUGCUGAAUUGGCUCUGAUGCGGCUCCGUGAGGCAGCUCUCAAUAGAAAGGUUGGGCUUGACAGUCCAGAUCGAUUGACUGGCCUUGCAGCUUUGAGAGGCAGCUUCUGGUGGAAAAAGUUGGGACUGGAUAACGGCGAUGGCAUCGAUCAGUGGGUGUGGUAA